ACCUGGGCAAUAUGGCGACGACGAGGUUCGAUACACAGCUAUAUGUCUAUUGCACUGACGCGCUGUGUCUAUGAGUCCAAGAUGGCAUCUCUGGUGCACUGGGUCCGCAAGUACAAAGCGGGUAUCGGGUUGUCCAAUCCUGGUCUAUCGUUUAUUUUGUCCUCUCAGAGGUUUGCAUCCAAAAAGGCUGGGGGUAGCAGCAAGAAUCACGGAGGAAAUAGCCCCGGCAAGCGAUACGGCCUAAAGAAGAAAAAUGGUAAUCUUGUCCAUGCUGGCAACAUCCUGGCAACACAGAGGCUGCUGAGGUAUCACCCAGGCGCGAAUGUCGGGAUGGGAACCAAUAACACAGUUUACGCUCUUGAGGAUGGUUACGUCAGGUUGACCAAAGAGGUGUACAUUCCCCCUCCUCGCAGUAUGGAGGCUAGCCAGAUCAUCACCAAGCUUGCCAAAGGCGCUUUACUUUACAAAACUUUCAUCAACAUUGUUCCAGUCAAGCAAGAGCCCAUCUUCAAGCUGGUUAGCAUGAUAGCUAAACCUGACAUGAAUGUACUUGGCGUGUGCAAUUCAAGAAGAAUGCAUUUUGUUUAAAGUGUUUUAACACGGCAUAUACUCUACAUACAUUGGUUGUCUUUCUUCAAUCAGGUAAUAUUUGGAAUAAAGACUCUCUAAGGCACAGUGAAAUUCCAGACCACAUUCUUCCCUCUUUCAAAUUUUCCGGAUUUUGGUGUAAUUUUACGAAUAUAAACUUUGGACGAGUUCGUCAAAACAACCAUGACAUUAUCAACACGUAAUUGCAAGGAUAAUUUGCGGGGUUUUUUUGUUGUUGUUGUUUUUUUGCACUCAGUUAAUGGUCCCUUCGCAAACCCGGAAGUGUGACGUAGAUUCCCCGACGCAACAGAGAAGACUAUUCACAGCUAGCAUAGCAGCAACAACGAUGUCAGUGAUAUUUCCACCAAAGGUAACCAUUCAGGAUCGCUCUUUCGUGACGCUACCGAUGGCAAAGGCUCCCAGGAAAGAUGAACUACAAUUAAUCCCUACAUGUUUGAACCUGAGGCGUCAGAUGACGGCGAAUUACUUGACACAGGAGAUGGCGUCAUGACGCCAAUUGACAGCUCGACACUUCACGAACGGGAGAGUGAGUGGUAAGCCUAAGUCCAGCAUCGUGAUUUUUUUACUUGAGAGAAUGCGAUUACAUGGUUGUAUAUUUUUCCAUGCUCUCCACAUAGCUAAAACUGGAUAUUAGGUAAUGGGACAGCUCCUACCGAUCUAAAUAUGGUAAAGCUAGCACAAAUGUGGCUAAAUGAAUGAUAUGUUAUUAAUUUUUCAAAAUAAAUGACAAAACGAUUUUAUUUUCCAGGUGUUGCUGUAAACCGUCAAGUAAUUAUCCUUCCAAGAGUAUGCCUGUGUCGUCAGGAGAUCCCAGACGUGAGAGCCAAACUUGAGGAGGCUGAAGCACUGACAGGGGCAUGAAUUACAUUUAAAAAAUAAAACCAUAAAUUGUAAACAACAUUGACACAUUUUCUUGACUGUUUAAUGUAUUCUAUUGGUAUAUAAUAUAUUGUAAUUAUAUUACAUUCUGAAAAAAUAUUCAAUAGGCCACAAUGAUAAAUGAUACCAGAUUUAUGUUGAAUCGGCAUCAGCUUUCGCUGUCAGAUUGUGACACAACAUAUAAACUAAGUUAUACCAAGCACACAAUGGCACACAUCAAAGAACAAAUUUAGUAAGCAACACAAAGUUAGGAAAGCAAUGGACUAGCGCAACAUUGAAAAAUGAUAAUGGCAGUGGGAAAUAUGUAUUUACUCUUUUCUGUAGCAUGAAGUGUUCUCUAUACAAAGAAAAGCAUUAUCAUUAAAAUAUGAAGGUAACUAGAUUUUUCUUUCAAAAAAUGUGUACUGUAUAUAUGACUAGUUUAUGAUUUCAUGUCAUCAAAAUUUGCUACAUUUAUUUCUCCUAAGUCAUCGUCAUCUGAUGUCGCAGAUGGAAGAAAUUCAGCAUCUGGCAGGCCUCCUAGGAUCUCUUCAGUCGUCAUCGCUGGACACCGCAUCACUUGGGGCAUCAUAUGACUCGACCCACUCUCUCUUGAUUUUGGGAAACUGGGUGGCGACUGACUUGCAAUGCUUUUUUCAUCGUGUUGAGGGUUUCCGCCGCUUAAUGUUUUAUGUUUGGCUUCCUGGAGAGAAAAAAA